CGACACUCGUGCGGCGCACUUCGGCCCGACGACAUCGGCCGCGUUCGUUGGACACGUGCGUUUCGGUACCCUUCGGAGCAACCCCCAUCGAGGAACGACGACACAGUCGCGCGCCACGAGGUCGUACACGAAUCAUCCCCUCGUUAAACGUUCCACGGUCACGGUUCUCUAAUUCGUGUUCUCCCCAUUUCUUCUCUCUUCUUGGUAUUUUUUUCGAUCCGUCGAUUUGUCAAAUUGAUUUUUUUUCGAGUGCCCUUCUCCCUCCCUCGCACAUCACGUGGCGUGACAAAAUACGUUUCAAAGUGACGAUGUGCAAACCUUAUCGCGACGGAGGGUGAGAAAGUGUGACGUCUAUAUGUAAAUUGUAUUUAAAGUGAGACACUGCGACACGGUGAUUCGUCUUGGUGAAGAGUUGAACCGGUUCCUCGAUGCGCCCUUCUCUGGAGGGCGCAGCCUGUACGCGGUGGGAAGUCGAGGACCUUUGACGAAAGCUCGCGGGACAGAGUACGAGCGAGCGGAGUUGCGGCGCUGAAUAGGCGUACCGGGAGCUGGAGACUACGCGGACGACACAAGUCUUUGACGAUCGACGACGACGGGGGACCAUGAAGAAAUCUUACCUCGUUUUCAUAUGCCUGCUGGGCCUCGUUGUGAGCGACAACAGCACGAUCGGCGACUCAGUCAUCGAAGACGCAUCGGAAGUCACAAACACAGGCAACAACCCUGACGCAGACUCGGGUGAACAGAGCGUAGCGUGGGGCGAAUGGUCGCCUUGGUCCAAGUGGUCCAGCUGCUCCAAGAGCUGCGGCGGCGGAAUUUCUCGACAGCAGAGGCGGUGCAGGAAGAAGCCUUGCAAAGGUAGACCGUGGAGCACGAAAUACAAGAUCUGCAGUCCCGAGCCCUGCGAGAAACCAACCGAUUUCCGUGCAGAGCAAUGCGCGGAGUUCGAUGAUGUUCCUUACAGCGGACAACUGCUCAAGUGGUAUCCGCAUUACGAUCCAUCGAGACCGUGCGCUUUGAUCUGUCGCGGGGAGCAGUCCCUGGAGGACACUGGGGACCAACUCAGAGAGGAAACGUCCGUCGAGAAAAUACUUCCUGGCGAGGCCACCGAGGCUCUGCAGCUCGACAGCGACGAGACCAUCGUGGUCCAACUCGCGGACAAAGUCAAGGAUGGCACCAAAUGUUACACCGAGGGCACGGACGUUUGCAUCGCUGGCGAGUGCAUGAAGGUCGGCUGCGACUUGCGAGUAGGUAGCAACAAGAACACGGACGCGUGCGGCGUGUGCGGUGGAAACGGAUCGAGCUGCCAAUCGCGAUACUCGUGGAGUUUGGAAUCGAUAUCAGCCUGCUCGAUAUCAUGCGGCGGAGGGUUCAAGCUAGCGAUGGCGGUGUGCAAGACCACAGAGAUAGACGAGAGCGUGGUGGACGACAGCUAUUGCGAUCCGGACACCAGGCCAGAGAAGACUCGGAUGCCGUGCAACACGCACCCCUGCACUGCAAAAUGGAUAACCGGCGACUGGAGUAUGUGCAGCGUUAGCUGUGGAGGUGGGUCCAGGACCAGAGCCAUUUUCUGCACCGAGGAGAAUGGCAAUGAGACUACAAAGCUUCCAGAUCACAAGUGCAGCAGCACGCACAAGCCACGCAACCAGGAGAGCUGCAACACCAUCUCCUGUCCCAUGUGGGAGACCAGUAAAUGGAGCGAGUGUUCCGUGACCUGUGGCACCGGCAUCAGAACGAGGACAAUCGAGUGCAGAGACGGGGUUGGUUCCAUCUCGAAGGACUGCGAUCCCUCCGAACGGCCCUACGCCAAACAGGAGUGCAAGACAAACAUCGUCUGUCCGAUAUUCGGCGACGAGAUGACGCAGCCACUGAUGCAACCGUACCCACCCCCGCCAGUGUCCGAGAAGCUGAUCGACCAGCCCAUCCCUUCGGAAUCCACGUUCAUCGCCGACGAAUGGUCGCCGUGCAGCGUCACCUGCGGCGAGGGCACCAGGCACCGCGACGUCCGUUGCAAGAUAUUCCUCGAGUUCAGUCGAACCAUCGCUAACCUGCCGGAUCGACAGUGCUCGGGCCCGAAACCGAGCAAAGUGGAGAAGUGCGUGAUGGAGCCGUGCAACAUGAUAGAGAACAGCCUGUCUUACGGUAUCGACACUGUUGGCGACAGUGGAUACGCCGAGCCCAGCUUGACGGACACCUACAGGUCCUCUGCAGGCAGUUCUGGCGGAAGUGGCUACGACGGAAGCAUCAAGGUCGCCCCAGGAAGCGACGUGCAGACCACCUACUCGUGGAAGCAGGCUGGUUACACACCUUGCACCGCCACUUGCCUUGGAGGUUUUCAGGAUCUGAUAAUAAAUUGCGUGCGGGACGACACGGGCAAAACCGUAAUGCCUCUGCUCUGCACCGCCGAAACCAAGCCGGAAGCCAGGACAAGGGUCUGCAACGAUCAUUCUUGCCCUCCAAGGUGGAAUUACAGCGAUUUCUCGCCGUGCAUGAGUUCGUGCGGGAUCGGUAUACAGACACGCGAAGUCACGUGCGUGCACGAGGUGACACGCAGCUCCACAGGUAAGAUACAGUCAGUGCCAAACCACAUGUGCCCGCAGCCGCAGCCAGCCGACAGACGAUAUUGCAACGUAUUGGAUUGCCCGAUUAAAUGGAGCACGGGAGAAUGGAGCAAGUGCUCGAAGCCCUGCAACGGGGGCGUGAAGAGGCGCAAAGUGGUCUGCGAACAAAUAAUGGCCCAAGGGCACAAGCAAAAUCGCGAGGAGCAUCAAUGCCCGCCUGAAAAGCCUGCCUCAGAGAAGCUCUGCAAUACCAAGUCGUGUCACAACAUGGACGCGGGUCCGUUGCCGAUUAUCUCCAGCCAAAAUACGACGUACAAUCAAACGGACCCAGCCGGAGAAGUGAACCUGAAGAUCGGAGGGGUGGCCAAGGUGUUCCAGGGCACGCUUUCGGUCAAGAUCCGUUGUCCUGUCAGGGAAUUCGACAAAUCGCAGAUCAAAUGGACCAAGGACAACAAGGAAUUAAGGAGAUCGAGGAAGUACAAGAUCAGCAGGAAGGGAGCGCUGAAGAUAAACCGCAUAACAGAAGCGGAUUCUGGUGUUUACGCGUGCAUAGCGGGUAGCUCGCACGCGGAGACGCAACUGAUAGUAAAAUUUCGCUCCAAGGAGCAGCUAAGCAGCGAGGAAUAUUUGCGACUUAGCAAUUCCGUCCAUCUUCAACGAAACGCCAACUUGGAUUCAGCGCCAGCGAAUUCUGGUGAAAGUCUUUACACCGAUCGGGCGGCCGCCUAUGGGAAUCGUUUCGCACCCAUCGACAGCGAAGAUUUGAGUCACGAGCGAGCGUUUACUAGCAAACCAACGACGAAGCCACACCAGAGGAAGCAAAAGACCAGCCCGACACCGCCAGAUUCCACACUCUUACGCAAAGAACACACCGUAACCUCGCAGAACCAGCCAGGAUACCACGAAUCCGUGGAAUCAACCGCAUCGUCAAGUGCCUCUGCUCUCAUACCGCACUUAACUUAUUUUAUAUCGAAUUUAAAGGAGUACUGGCCCUUCAAAAGCGAAGGUUCCUCAGGAAGGUCCCACAGGACCGCCCCAUUAACGUACAUCGACGACGUACGAAAAGAAGCAGUGGCGGCGAAACGCACCAUGCCAAACAGGACUUCCGGUCUGAGGUACCAGAACGUGGAGGAGAACUUGGACAGUUUGUACCGCAACACGGCCAUUCCAGACCAGAUCUUCGGGCCAGACGAGGAAAGGAUAUUCAUCGACGUCGAUGCCUACGACUUGGACGAGUCCGUGUACGAGCUCCAGCACAGCGAACCAGUGAAGAUCACACCUGUUGCUAGCAAAGACAAUCUAGCGACGCCUACGAUCUCCGACUACGUCGAGGAAUCGCUGAAGAACGUGAAGAGGCAAUGGCAAAAUACCCCAGACGCAAAGACCCACUGGAACUCCACUCUCAAGGAUCAAACGAAAGAUUUCAAAGCGGAGACCACGUCGGAUGGCGUCAGCUUGGGGGUGUAUCAUAUUCCAGACACCAGUUCCAACCAUGAAAGCUCCGAAAAAUCUCACAGGAUAGGGACCAAUCGAAGGAAUCACGACAGUUCUGAAAACCAACACGAACACGCUUACGCCACGAUGUCGUUGAAGGGAUUAGACGACGUUUCGGGGAAACCAGAUAAGGAAGAAGCGGUAUUGGACAGGACGGAAGAAAACGGGGAGAUGCUCGAAGAUGAAAUGAAGAAACGGAGGGUGACCGUGGAGAACGAUACCGUCAACGACGAUGUGGCUCGAACGAUGAGUUCCAAGGACCUGGAGGAAGAUGUCGGUGAUCUAGCGACCGAGGAUCGAGGGCUUACCGCGACGGAGAAGGAUCAGGAUUCGGCGGAGGACGAGAUUGAUUCUCGUGAAAGCUCCACCAAUGGAUGGACCGAGAAGACCAGCAAACCGGAUAUUAUGGCUACUACAACUAGGACGAACACUACCAUCGAUUCCAUUGGCGCGUCGCUUACGGUUAUAGACGCCAACGAGGACCUUCUGUUCGAGUGGGUGACGACGGACUGGUCCAAGUGCUCUCAAACCUGUGGAGGAAGCGGAUUUCAGAUGCGCGGAGCUCAGUGCACGGUGCGUUCGUCGAAACCAAUCGGAAACUCGACUCGAGUGGCGCCAAGAACGGUGAUAGGAGCAACGCUAUGCGAGGACGCUGGACAUCCGGUGCCUCAAAAGGUCAGACCAUGCGGAUUUGGAAAAUGUCCUCAAUGGCAUACCACGGAAUGGACCCCCUGCGAGACGUCCAGAUGUUUCAACUGGAAAACAGCGAUGCAGAGACGCGACGUCACCUGCCGUUUGGUCGACGACGAGGACAAUGGCCAGCAGAACGUCACCUUGCUGGAUCCCAACAAAUGCGACGACACUGCCAGACCUCUGCAGAGGCAGGAGUGCUACAACGACAUCUGCAAGGGCGUUUGGAGAGUUGGCGAAUGGUCCGAAUGUACAGCAUCCUGCGAGGAGGACGGCAUCAAGUACAGGAUUCUCCAGUGCGUGUGGUUCGGAACGAAGAAACCAGCUGGCAACGCGUGCAGGGACAUCCCACGACCACCUGUCAUGAAGACGUGCAGGGGUCCACCGUGUCCUCAAACGCCAGAGGACUGCAAGGACCACUCGCAGCUCUGCACCAGGGUGAAGACGAUGAACAUGUGCAGGGUGCCCCUUUACCAGAAGCAGUGCUGUCAAUCGUGCCGCUAGGUCAUCGGUAACAAUUGUUGCACGAAUGAUAACGUUAGGUCGAGAUGCGUCGAGAAUCGCGCGUGGGAAGUACCGCAGAUCGUGGCAACGAGUCCGAAGAUUACCUGUCCGAUUACCUGUGCGAAUCGAGCGAACAGGGAAAAGGGAAAGUUCAGCGUUCGAAUCUUCGAGCACGUUCGUCGCGUAACAGAAACAUUCAAGUGCGACCACAAAUUACUUUCGUUGGUAAUCGUCACUCAGUCCUUCCCCCCGCGUACCCUUUGCACUUCUCUGUAACACCGAACCAACGUACUCGCGUCUGAGCACCGAGACCUUCGUGCGCCCCCGCCCCUCCCCUCAAUAAGAAUCCGAUUCCUAAUUGUGUGCUAAUUAAAGCUAUAAUUUCCGAACGUGUGUAACCCGUUAGUUUGGCACCGUUCCUAAUUGCGCGCGUGACCCAGGGGAGAACGAGGGAAUUCCUGGCAUUCGUCCAACAAAAAAUAAAAGCUUAAAAAAAGAAAAAAAAGGGGGAAAAA